CACCACAACCCACUCCCAGUGAGUUUGUCAGUAGUGUGAAUUUUCAUUUUCCCCGACGAGCACCCGGUCUCGUUUUAGCGAGCCUCGGUCAUCCGAUAAAUCCCCUUCCGCGGAAGAAAAAAAAAAAUAAAAAACAGGAAAAAAAUUCAUUCCAAAAAGUGCAGCCUCCGUUCCUUCUCCUCGGUGGUCUAGAGAGACUUGUCAUCUGUCUGGAUUCCAGGCGAGGGAAUUCCCGUAGCGACGACACCGGUCGCUCGCGAGUCCGAACAAGUGCCGGGUUCGACGUAUCGUUUCUUCCGUGGCUUUUCCUCCCCGAAGUGUCAUGUUCAUUUUUCGGGGCUCGCGGAAAGACCCCGAAGAGAGUAAAACCGACCAGCCGAAGGGGUUCAAGGUCACCGACGUUAACCGCACUCGGAAGUUCGGAAUCGCCUGUCGGGGUCUUCAGGAAUUGAAACGCAAGGCUUGCGUCAAAUUUAGCCUGUCAACGGAUGAUCUGACCAAUGUCGAAAUUUUCCUCCUGGAUGGCUCACUCGUGGACGAGGAAUAUUUCCGCACCCUGGAACCACAGACCACCCUUGUCCUCCUCAGGCCAGGAGAGAAGGUCAUGUCGGACGCUGAUCUGCUCUACGAGACGCUGAAGAGAGUCAACAUGGACUUCCUGAUGGCCGGGGAAGCGGUAUCAAAAUUUCUCACAAAAAAUCUGAAAACCAAGGUCGCGGUGCUGAACAGCGCGGUGAAUAAAAAUGAUUCGAAAACUGGAUUCAGCAGCAGGAAUGAUCAUCCAGAGUGGUUCCAGGGUUUGGAGACCAACGCGAUGACGAAGGAAGCCUAUAUGCAUAGGAGAUGCCAAGACAGGAUACGAGGAUACUUGUAUAAAACGAUCGAGCAAAUCAGGACUUCCGAGGUGUACUUAAAUAACAGCCAAGCAAGGAUGAACCUUCUGAACACGAUAUCCUUUUUCAAAAUGCAGCUGAAAGAGGACCACUAUUUUGGCUUCUACUUCGAUAGGAGUUGCGCGAAGCCGCAGGAAUCGAACUCCAAGGACGAAACGGAUUUUCAAGAAAGGAAUUGCUACGACCAUUGUCCUUGCAUGCUGAAGAAUCUGGACGCGCAUAUCUAUGGCACGUUUAUCCAGGACGAGAGUUGCGGCCAGGACGAAACCGAUGCCAGGAAAAUGUCCUCGCGCGAGAAAAGUCAAAUGGAAAGGAUCCCAUUAAUUUGUCCUUAUCGAGUGACGUCGAGCGACCCGAAAAACCGAAUUGCUCUCUGUGAUAAAAAUGGCGAGUUUAGGUGCAGCGGAGUCUGGAAUGCAGAGAAGUGUCCUUACGGGGAGAGGCACAGGAUCAAUCCUUACAGAUCUCGAGAGGACUUGAUCCUCUUUUCCACGUGGAAUCUCGAUCACAAAACGGAAAGGUCUAGGACUCUCAUCCCGCAUAUCCUGAAGAUCGCAGAGCAGGACUCCAUAAGUGAGAAGGACGUGGUGGAACUUUACGAAGACUUAUUUACUGUGAAGAACUUAAGGCUCGUUCACAUUAUUUGCCACGACAAAGGUGCUCAUAACUGACUCGCGGGACGAGUUCUACGUAUACUGAGAAAAUCAAAAUUCUGAAGUAGGAUGAGCUAGACAGACUAUCUCGAUGUAGCUGAAUAUUUUCAACUCGCAGUCGUAGGAAGAGAUGACAUAUACGUAUUUACCUACACACAAAGAUUAGCAAAAAUUCACGGGUUUGUUGAAGUUUCAUAGUUUAGCCACUGUUAUAUACGUAAUUCAAACAAAUGGUCGGAAUAUUGUCAACUAUGGGUAACAAAAUAUUUUUCUUCACGUGUACGUUCCUAGAGUAUCAUACGUGUUAAGGUGUUAUAAAGACGUCAUUCUACAUAUGUAAAAAUGUUGAAAUAUUUAUAAAAUUUUUCUGAUGCGUAAUCA